ACGUCGGAAAUUAAAUUGAAUACUUCAUUCAUACUAAGUGGAAUUCAUUAAACAAUUAUUAGUUGAACAUAAUGGUUUCACUAAAACUGGGUGAAACUUUAGUAAAACGAGAUGGGGAUAGAGUUUAUUUUAUUGCUGAAAUAGGUCAAAAUCAUCAAGGAUCUUAUGAUUUGGCUAAACAAAUGAUUUUGGAAGCAAAGAAAAUUGGUUGUGAUUGCGUUAAAUUUCAAAAAUCAUGCCUUGAAGCAAAAUUUACUGAAUCAGCAUUAAACCGCCCAUAUGAAAGUCUACACUCUUGGGGAAAAACAUACGGUGAUCAUAAAAAACAUUUGGAAUUUAAUAUUCAACAGUAUCAAGAUUUACAAAAUUUUUGCAAAGAAAUUGGAAUUGAUUUUACAGCAUCUGCCAUGGAUGAGGUUUCGUUACAACAAUUGGAUGCUAUAAAAGUACCUUUUAUUAAAAUUGGCUCUGGAGAUGCUAAUAAUUUCCCACUUUUAGAAAAAGCUGCCAAAUUAGCACGUCCUCUCGUUAUAUCUACUGGCAUGCAAACAAUGGAAACUAUAGAACGUAUUGCUGCUAUUAUGAGUAAUGCAAACAAAAUGAAUUACGCUUUAUUACACUGUGUUUCCUCAUAUCCAACGGAUGCCAAGGACUCACAAAUAAAAAUGAUUUCCAUUCUAAAAAAUAAAUUUCCGCAAUGUGUUAUCGGUUACUCAGGACACGAACUUGGUGUAGAAAUAUCCAAAGCUGCUGUAUUAUUAGGAGCGAGAAUUAUAGAAAGACACUUUACUUUGGAUAAGCAACAAAAAGGUUCCGAUCAUAAAUGUUCUCUCGAACCCUCAGAAAUGGCUAAAUUAAUAGACGAUAUAAAAAAGUUAAACACGCAAAUAGCAGCUGUUAUCUCUAAUGAGCAAAGACUGAGUGAUGAUCUUAUAAUAAAUAUACUACAUGAAACACCAAGUAUUAAGGACGCUUUAGAUUCAUUUGAUUCCAAUGCAAAUGAGAAAAGAUGUAUACUUCCUUGUGAAAUGGAUUGUCGUAUAAAAUUGGGCAAAUCCAUUGUAGCAGCUCAAAAUUUAAAAGCCGGUCACUUCAUUAAACCUAAUGAUUUGUGUAUAAAAGUCAGCGAACCGAAUGGAAUAAGUGCUGAGUUUAUUGAUAACGUUUUAGGAACAGAGCUUAGCCAUGAUAUACAAAGAGAUAAUCCUUUAACAUGGGAUCAUAUAAUAAAAAUGGAAAGUACAAAAUUUUAGUUCUUAAAAAUUAUGAAAUAAAGACUAAAA